CGAAAAUCGACAAGAAACGGGAAACGCUUAGGCUCUGAGACCUUAACGAAAAACAAAAAUACGAACAACAUUCCAAUCUAAGAAUAAAUAGCCCAUCAUACUUGAUAGUAAAUCAAUAAAGUUGAACUUUUAUCAAAUUCAUUCCCCAAGUACUUAGAGCAAGAAGAUCUUCUUUCCCAAUUCCCCUAUAACAUUCUAGCACCUUGAAGAACAAGAUGACGAGCAAGAUUGCGUGGCCUCUUCAACGCGUUGGGUUGCACAAACGCGCAGGAAUGUGUGCAAAUCGCAGUAAGAGAAGCACUAGAGGCACUCGUGGCCGCUCUUCUCCAGAGGCGCCCUCCACUUGCAGAGCCCCUAUGUUGGGCACGAAGGCUCAUCUAUGGUUCCACUUGUUGCUCAGUCCACUUUCCGCACAUGUCGCGCACAGCUGACGUCUGCAGUCUAGUUCGCCCAGUGCAGGAUCAUCUGCUG